CUUUUAACUUUUAGAAGUGAAGAGGUAGAGCCGUAGAGGUAUUAAAAUGGCUUCGGCUGCAUCUAGAGUAUGUGAAUCACCCGGGUGCAAUGAAAUUGCGAAAUUACAGUGUCCAACUUGUGUUAAACUAGGAAUUCAAGGUUCAUAUUUUUGUUCACAGGAAUGCUUCAAAGGAAAUUGGAAAGAUCACAAAGUGUUACACAAAAUUGCAAAAGGUGAGGGUGUAGAAGGUCCAGGAUAUCCGGACCAGUACGACCCAUGGCCACAUCAAAAAUUUACGGGAAAACUGCGGCCAUUCCCCCAGACGCCUGCACGGUGUGUGCCAUCCCACAUCCCCCGCCCUGACUACGCCACUCAUCCCACAGGGCUACCCGUAUCGGAACAGCAGGUCAAACAAGUUGCUCAAAUAAAAACACUGUCAGAUGAAGAGAUUGAGGGCAUGAGAGUCGCUUGUAAGUUGGGCAGAGAGGUGCUAGACGAAGCGGCCAAGGUGGUCGAUGUCGGUGUGACAACAGAUGAGAUAGACAGAGUCGUCCAUGAAGCUUGUAUCGAACGGGACUGUUAUCCGUCACCACUCAACUACUAUCAGUUCCCCAGAUCGUGUUGUACCUCUGUUAACGAAGUAAUUUGCCACGGCAUUCCGGACCUGAGGCCUCUUGCCAACGGUGAUAUCUGUAAUGUGGACGUGACAGUGUAUCAUCGUAACUUCCAUGGAGACCUCAACGAGACGUUCUUGGUGGGAGAUGUGAGUCCAGCAGCCAAGAAACUGGUCCAGGUCACGUGGGAGUGUCUGGACAAAGCGAUUAACAUUGUGAGGCCGGGAGAGAAGUACCGUGAGAUUGGCAACGUGAUUCAGAAACACGCUCAAGCUCAUGGGUUCUCUGUGGUGAGGAGUUACUGCGGCCAUGGCAUCCAUCAGUUGUUUCAUACAGCGCCUAGUAUACCGCACUACGCCAAAAAUAAAGCAGUGGGUGUCAUGAAAGCAGGUCAUUGUUUCACCAUCGAGCCAAUGAUAUCACAGGGGACUUGGCGCGAUGAGCUGUGGCCCGACAAGUGGACAGCAGUGACAGCUGAUGGAAUGUUGUCAGCCCAAUUCGAACAUACACUGCUCGUGACUGACACUGGUGUGGAGAUACUCACUGCGCGAGCCCAGCGCAACGGCCAGCCGUACUUCCUGGAUAAGUUAUAGUGCCUCUUAUCUGUCUGCCAGCAGACUGCCAAUGUGUAUUUAAUAAAAUUCUUUGCAUUGUUUU